GCGUUUGACAGCGAAAUUGCCAAAAAGUCUUUCCAGCGAUUUGCAUUUUGUCGUACACCUCGCCGUCCGUAGAUUAUUCCAUUUUCCAUCGAAUAAAGGACGUGUGCAAGCAAAAUGAAACCGUUGAUGCUGCAAGGACAUCAGCGUGCCAUCACGCAAAUCAAAUACAACCGCGAGGGCGAUCUGAUCUUUUCCUCGGCCAAGGACAGCAAACCGAGCGUGUGGUACUCGCUGAACGGCGAGCGUCUCGGUACGUUCAAUGGACACAUCGGUGCCGUCUGGUGUGUCGACGUGGAUUGGACGACGACCCGGUUGAUUACCGGCGCCGGUGACAUGAACACAUUUUUGUGGGACGUUGAAACCGGUACAGCGCUGGGCAAGAUUCCGUGCAACUCGUCCGUGCGUACGUGCAACUUUAGCUUCUCCGGCAACCAGGCCUCCUACUCGACGGAUCGGGCGAUGAACCACCCGUGCGAGCUGUUCGUGAUCGAUGUGCGAAACAUCGACGCCAGCAUCAGCAGUGCCGACCCAGUAUUGAAGCUGACGAUGAACGAGCAGCAAAGCAAGAUCACGUCGAUGCUGUGGGGCGCCCUGGAUGAGACGGUCAUUACCGGGCACGAGAACGGUUCGCUGCGCAUCUGGGAUUUGCGCGCGGUGAAGGAGCUCAACUCGGUGAACGACCACACCGCCAGCAUUACGGACAUGCAGAUGUCGAGCGACGGUACGAUGUUCGUCUCGUCGUCGAAGGAUUGCUCCGCCAAGCUGUUCGAUUCGGAUUCGCUGAUGUGCUUGAAGACGUUCAAAACCGAGCGGCCGGUCAACUCGGCCUGCAUCAGCCCGCUGUUCGAGCAUGUCGCGCUCGGCGGCGGCCAGGACGCGAUGGAGGUCACCACGACCUCGACGCAGGCCGGCAAGUUCGAUUCCCGCUUCUUCCAUCUGGUGUACGAGGAGGAGUUUGCGCGCGUGAAGGGACACUUCGGUCCGAUCAACAGCAUGGCAUUCCAUCCGGAUGGUAAAAGUUUCGCGACGGGCGGUGAGGACGGUUUUGUGCGCCUUCAAGUGUUUGACUCUUCGUACUACGAGCAUACGUUCGAGUAGAGAGAGAGAGCGCGUCCUAUUUGUUGUGCUAUUGUACUGAACGAGAAUACAGCAAGAACGUGCAUAAAAA